AUGAUAAAGUGCCGCUGGAGAGGGCGGCCUGAUUACCUCCGGACCGGGGACGAGGUGAGAAAUUGGCCGAAAAGUGUGGGCAAACUCCUUUUCGGCCAACCGACACGACAUGAACCCGUCGAGUGGCCUCUUAAUUACGCCUCCGACCUGCACGACCCUCUUCGGACGAGUUGGUUUGGCUCAUUUGUUGGCGCGAGCGUCUGCGACAGGCAGAAACUCCGCGGUUCGGUUGGCCGCAAACGAAAACAAAGUCCGGCCCGUUGGUCUACGACCGGCCUCGGCCUCGGCCUCGGUCUCAGAAUCCGACAGUCCGUUAGACACUUUCAUUUCGUCGAAAUGGACACUUCUUGA